AAACAAGUCGUGGUGGAGCAGAGGUAUUGCAGUGGGUGUAGAAGUAGUAGAGAGGAAGAAGAUCGAAGAGAGCUCAAAAAUGGAGUCGUCAUCAUCAGCUUCUAAGGUCCAGGACCCAUGCUAUUUUCUGGAAGCUGCUCUAAGGGCUCUUUUAAAGUGUUUGGGUGUCGAGACUAGUAAACCUCAAGAGGAUCCUCCAACUACUAGCCAAGAUGAUCCUCCUCCUUCAACCACAGAAACACAAACUUCUGAAGUUGUUGCGAGUGAAAGGGCUCUGACUGUGAGUGCGGUGCCUUCAAGGCCAUCGUUGAGCAACGGGAGUGGCCCUCAGAUUAACUAACUUCUCUUCUCAAAUUAAAAGAUCUGUGCAUGGGUAAAAAUCUGCAAUAUAUAUAAUUAGCUUCAGUA